GGUGAAUAAUGUCAAGUGUAAAUGUUAAUAUUGAUCCUACGAUUCCCUUAUUCAGGUAAGCUCAGGUGGCUACAUGGCUAAGGUUCGUGGCUAGGUCACAGACAUUCGUAUCAUCACAAUCAUAGCCCCAGACCAGACUUUUCUUCAUGCAAAAUGAGUUGUUGGGGAUGUCAAAGCGAUACUAAGUUCAGCUUUGAUUAGGCAGAGAACUAAUAGACAAUAAAGGUGAUAUCAGUGUACUACGAAACUAUAGCUAGAAUCAGUAGCUCGAACUAUCGAUCUCGACGCAUGAGUCAUCGCAUGGACUCUAGGUAAACCUUUAAGUACUAUAUGGUUAAGCGGCGUCUUCAACACAUAACUUUGAUGAAACGGUUGGGGCUCCCUGAUGCCUUCGCCUUAUAUAAAUAGUCCAUAAGGGGAGGGGGUUCCGUCGACUGUAAAAUCUCUCCUGGUUUCAUUCAAUUCACCACGCAAUUUCGCACGAACACACAUAUACCUCAAUAUCAAGCUAUUCUCGCAGCUAUAAUUCCUCAGGUUUCAAGCGAAAGAGAAAACACGUUUCUUGUUCUCACGCUAUCUCAUACACCAUGCACUUCUCAUCAGCUCUCGCAGCUCUACUAUUCGCUGUCAGGGGUAUCUCCACCCCCAUACAACCCUCAGGCAGCGCCAUAGACCUGAGCAACGUGUCGGAUGGCGCAUAUGAAGACAUGGUCGCAGGCGCGAUUCCUUAUAGCCUUGCUCCUCCCCCGUAUGACCCUCCCUCUGUCGGCCCACGCAACUGGCCACCAAAUGAUCCUAUCGACAACAACAGCUACUGUCGACGGGACACCGUACCCGGGACGAACUUGACGGAGGAGGAGAAGGAGCCUGUGACGCAAUGUUUUAACGAUAUGGUUCAGGCAGGCGAGUGGGUGCCGGAGUGGACCCUUUGCAAUGGUACCUCGCGCUACUUCACGGCUUGGGGUCUCUGGUGGAAGAACCCGGACGACUGCUAUAACGAGUGCAAGAGGUGCUUCGUUGGCGCUAUCAUGGGCGACGCCGCAAACUGGUACUGCUACCAGAGCGCCGGGUUCAUGGCCCAGUGUACUAUCAGGUACAUGCAGUGAGGGAGUUGCUAGGACUGGCGCGAAAGCAUGGCGUUUGGGUGGUUCUUCAACCAAUACUGUACCUAAUAUACUUAGCUCUCAUGCCCCUUAUGGGCCUGGUCGUACCUCUACUUGAGUAGAUCCAAAUAUAUUUAUCUUUUACCUAUA